CAGCCAGUUCAGCCCCUCAAGUCAUUCAAACAAACUGUGACAUGGGAUCAUUUCGAUAGAAGUACAUACAUCUAAGAAAUUACGAAGAGCAAAGGUCGGGAGCCGCAGGUCACAUUGACAGAGUUGAGGAUGAUGGCAGAGGGGCGUUUUGCCAGUCUGCCCAGGUCCCUCCAUGCACACCACUCCCUGGGAGGAGGCCCUGCACACUCUGGAGUCCCCUCCAACUCCCUGGGUGUCCCAAGCAGCAACACUUGCUCUUCCAGGGGGCUCCAGGACUCCCUCGCCUCCUCCAUGGACCUCCUCAGCUCCAGACCUGGUCUCCCUCCAGGGCAGGGCAGCGGCCUAUCAGAGCUGUCCACUUCUUCCUACCAGCCAGUCUCCAUUCACGGAACUCUGCCUCGACGCAAGAGAGGUGGAACCAGCCUCACCCACGGAAACUACACGUGGGACCCCAGAGCCAAUCAAACUCAACAGACACCUUGGGGGAAAUCACUGGUCCCUGCACAUGCCCAUCAACACGCCCAUCAACCCAUGACUUCUCCGCUGGUCCAAAACAUCAUCGACGACUGUCAUGGUUACAGGGAGCCCGCUGCCGGCCCGGAUGCCACGGUGGACUACGUGAAGUUCUCCAGAGAUCAGUUCAUCGUGGACUGCCCCUCGGAGAAACUUCGCCGAGAGCUGGAGGAAGAACUAAAGCUCAACUGUGAGGAGCCGAGAAGCCACGCAUGGUACCACGGAGCGAUUCCCCGACAGGUUGCAGAAAACUCGGUGCAGCGUGACGGAGAUUUCCUGAUCCGUGAUUCGCUGUCCAGUCCAGGAAGUUAUGUUCUGACCUGCCAGUGGCGAAAUGCUGCCCAGCACUUUAAAAUCAACAAGACGGUCGUGAUGCUGAACGAAGCCUACUCCAGGGUCGAGUACCGGCUGGAGAGGGAAGGGUUCGACAACGUCCCGGCACUCAUAAGAUACUAUGUCGGCAACAGAAAGUCGGUCUCCGAGGUGGUCGGAGCCAUCAUCUUCCAGCCAAUCAACAGAGGGCUGCCGCUACGCUGCGUGGAGGAAAAGUACGGCCUGCCCAGCCAUCACCGAGAGGCGCUCGCGAUGCAGGAGAGGUGCAGUCGGAAGCGCCUCAGCCUCAACAUCACCAACGGACACACACAGGACAACGCCCACGCCGCGCAACACGGCACACACUGCCGGGACACCGGCGUGAGCCGAGGCGGCCAGCUGCGGUUGAAGGAUCGCUGUGGCAGCCAACCAGCAAGUCUCAAUCAGGUCCAAGAGAGGCGGCGCCCGCUCAAGGCGCACCAAUCAGAAAGCUACCUGCCUCUUGGAUGCAAAGCGCCCCAGCGGUCUCCUGAUUCUCUCCCGAUCCCCAAGUCUCCGGUGUUCCGGACGGGCAGUGAGCCGGUGCUGAGCCCGUCUCUCCCACGGAGGUCUGCAGAGCUUCUGGCAGGCCAGCCCAUCCGGGGCUCGGACAGCCAGCUGUGUCCCAAACCGCCUCCCAAGCCCAGCAAGGUGCGGCUGGCUCGACUGACUCGCUCCACGGGCCUUCAGCCACUGGUUCCCCCCUCCUGCUCCUCCAGCCUCACAGACUCCUCCUCCACAUCACAACAUUUGAAUGCGCCUGCCCUCGACUUCACAUGCGUGGACACUCCUGGCUCGCCGUGGAGGAGUGAAGCAAUCCCAGGCCCUCCUGUUCCUCCUGUGAAACCGCUGAAGCUCCUCCACCAGCUCCGCCCCGGGUCCUCCACUUCUAUACUUUCACCUGCUGAACUUGUUCCGGGUUCAGAUUCAGACGCAAACACCGGGUGGAGCCCUGCAGACCUGAGGUCUUGCAGCCCGCUGGCGUGGCAGGAAUCGAAUCCUCUUCACCCCAUCACAGACCUCGAAAUUCUGCCUCCACUCUGCAGCUACGUGGAGAGACUGAGGAGAGAGGGGGAGGGAGGGAGAGAGGAGGAGGGGGAGGAGGCGGGAGGGAGGAAAGGACUGGAUAGAAGCUCCUACCAUCACGCCAUCGCUGCCUUAGAAAACACCAGCGGGGAAGAGGAGGAGGACGCAUGGAGGGAAGAGGAGGAAGAGGAGGAGGAGGAGGAUGAAGACAAGAGGAGCAUUUUCCAGCGGCCGGUCGAGGAGACGGAGUCGACGUUCCAGCCGGCGGAGUUUGGAUCUCGACUUCUGCCGCCGGAGAACAAACCGCUGGAGAUGGUGGUUCUGAAGAGAGCGAAGGAGCUGCUGCUCGGCCACGAUCACCACAGCAUCGCCCGACACCUGCUGAUGGCCGACUGCCUGGUUGCGAGGAUAGUCGGAGUGACUCCAGAGGUUAAAGGUCAGAUGGGCGUGUCUUCUGGUCUGGAGCUGGUGACGCUUCCGCACGGUCGACAGCUGAGGCUGGACCUGAUGGAAAGGCACCACACCAUGGCGAUAGGCGUUGCCGUGGAUAUUCUGGGAUGCACGGGCAGCGUCGACGAGCGGGCGUCCACCUUAAAUCGCAUCAUUCUGGUGUUGUUGGAGCUAAAGGAUGCGGUGGGUGACCUGUUCGCUUUCACGGCCCUGAUGAAAGCUCUGGACCUGCCACAGAUCAGCCGCUUAGAGGAAACAUGGACGACUCUACGAAGGAACUACACACAGACCGCCAUCAGCUACGAGAAAACUCUCAAACCUUUCUUCAAGAAUCUGUAUGAGGGCACAGCUUCCUCACCGCCGGUGGUCUGCGUCCCCCUCCUGCUGCCCCUCCUCACUUUAAUGGAGCGUCCGUCAAUCACACCUGAGGGGGCGGAGCUCUGGGAGACCAGCGACCAGAGCUGUGACAUCAUGCUGCGCCACCUGGAGGCCGCGCGCGCCGUCGCAGACGACGCACAAAGCUACACGGCCAACACGCAGAGGAUCUUACAAGGGUUCUCGUGCGAUGAAGAGCUGCUGGAGGUGUUUAAAACAGACUUUCAGCUGCGGCUGUUGUGGGGAAGCCGAGGAGCUUCAGUCAACCAAUCAGAUCGCUACAACAAAUUCAACCUCAUCCUCACAGCGUUGUCACGGAAACUGGAGCCCCCGCCCAAAACACAGACCGUAAUCUGAAUUCACCUGAGCGACAGCUCCCAUUGGACGUCUUUAGAACAGGUGGAUCGGAAACUUUGUGUGGCGAAGGAAAGAGGAAGAAACUGUGAUGAGGUGGAAAGUUUAGACAGAACGACCUGCUUGGAAAUCAAACCACACACACACACACACAGUAUUCCGCUGUUCACAAUCUUCUUAUUUCCAAUGCCACUUUGGCUGCAGACUUUUUAACCAUCUAAUAAGACAAGUGUCCAGUAAAACUCUACGUUAAAGAAAUACAAGUUCAUUUAGAAUGCACAUUACCAACUCACAGCUGUUCACGUGUGGAAACACUCUCACAUACGAGCAUAAUCUAAAAGAUACAGAAUGUUUAUGAAACAAGGUUGAGAUCAUUAUUACGUCGUGCUCCUUUAAUCUAUUGCUGAGACCAGGAGACGCAGCAUCUACAGGUUACUAAACCUGUAGAAUAAAUGGUGAAAAGUACCAUUUGGUCACGGGUAAACUUGAACAAGGACCUUUUUAAAGGGAAUGACUGAUGUGUGUGAGAACAGAGCAGACGAGGGGCUUAAAGGGACACGUUGGUUUAGAAAUGUUGCUUUUUUCUUCACAGGCACUUUUUAUUUUUACUCUGACAUUCCAGUUAACGGAGAACCUGUAGUUCCACGUGUAGACCAAAAGAGAAAAACUAUCAAAUGUAAGAAUGUACCCUUUCAGUCGUUAAUGAACUACGUAUUUAUUCCUGGUAAUUCAGAGUUAUAAUACAAACCCAGACAAUAUUUGUAUGAAAGGAGGAAGGACAUUUACCUUUAAAGUCAAGGUCUGUGCAUAUUGUCUGGAUAGAAAGUGUAUUUAAAAGUUAAAAUGAGAUUGCUGGCUGCAAUUAUCUUUGACCUUUUAUACAAAAUCACUAAAAAAAAAAAAAUCUAAAAAUAGUUAAUAUAUAUAUAGUGACACAUAUAUUAUUUAAUAUCAAGGUUUCCACAAGGUGCUUUUCCCCCAAAUCACCAGAUGAAAAAGACAAACUCCAGCAAACCUUUUUUUAAUGAUCAUUUUUACAGUAUUUGCAUAUAGUAGGAGCAGAACAUCUGAUUUGUAGCAGCAAUUCAAACUUCCUGUCCAUGUGUAAAUGUCACUCGAGGAUAAUAUUGUUGUUCCUGCACCUGAAAGAAAUGAAGUGUGUUAACGUGUACGAGACUAAAGUUGUAAAUAUUUGUAAUAUUAGCAUGUUAAUAAUAUUACUGUACAUAUUUUCUGUAGAUGACUGACUGAAGAAAUAGAAGUUGAUGAUUUUUAUGUUUUUAUUAUGAUGAACUACUGUGCUGAGAAUUAAUAAAUAUGAUGUACGAUC